GCCCUGAGAACUCCGUUGAAAUCCAAAAUCUCACGCAGCAUCUUUGUCUGUGCUCUCUCUCUCUCAUGGCGGGUCUGUACUCUUCCCUCAGACCCCAAAAUUCAUCAUCCAAUCACUCUUUCGCCUCCAAGCUCCUCCUCCUCCUCACUCUCCUUCCUCUCACCCUCGCAGCCUUCGCUUUCAUCCUUCAAUGGCGAGGCGGUGCCGUGAACGACCCAGUCGCUCGAUGGUCUCCCGAAGAGGCCCACAAGUUUCCGGGCAUGGACAGCUCUCCUCUACCCACAAUCGGCCACUCCUCAUCCUCCGACUGUGUCCAUCUCGGCCACAGUUCUUCGCCUUCUUUUCCUUACUAUCGUGAUUGGAAGUUCAAAUUUCAAUCCGAUCUCAAGCCCAAGAUAUGUAUUACAACGAGUACAUCAGCUGGCCUAGAGCAGAUAUUACCAUGGAUGUUCUAUCAUAAAGUUAUUGGAGUUACAACAUUUUUGCUUUUUGUUGAAGGAAAAGCUGCAUCUCCUAGUGUAUCUAAAGUCCUGGAAUCUAUUCCUGGAGUAAAAGUAAUAUACAGAACAAAAGAGUUAGAAGAGCAACAAGCAAAAAGCCGGAUCUGGAAUGAGACAUGGCUGUCAAGUUUCUUUUACAAACCCUGCAAUUAUGAGCUUUUUGUGAAGCAGUCACUCAAUAUGGAGAUGGCUAUAGUCAUGGCAAGGAAUGCUGGCGUGGACUGGAUAAUUCAUCUGGAUACCGAUGAAUUACUGCACCCAGCAGGUGGUCGGGAGUAUUCUUUGAGGCAGUUGCUGCUUGAGGUGCCUGGGAAUGUGGAUAUGGUUGUCUUUCCAAAUUAUGAAAGCAGUGUUGAGCGAGAUGACAUCAAGGAUCCUUUCACGGAGGUAUCAAUGUUCAAGAAGAACUAUGACCAUCUUCCAAAGGAUACAUACUUUGGCAUGUACAAAGAAUCAACCCGUGGUAAUCCAAACUACUUCUUGACUUAUGGAAACGGGAAGUCAGCUGCUCGAAUUCAAGAUCAUCUUCGACCAAAUGGUGCACACAGAUGGCACAACUACAUGAAAACCCCAAAUGAGAUCAAAUUGGAAGAGGCUGCUGUUCUACAUUUCACAUAUUCCAAAUUUUCAGAUUUGACUUCCAGACGAGAUCGAUGUGGCUGCAAGCCUACUAAAGAUGAUGUGAAAAGAUGCUUUAUGUUAGAAUUUGACAGAUCUGCAUUCAUAAUUGCUUCAACUGCAACAGAGGAGGAAAUGCUUAGCUGGUACCGUGAACAUGUAGUUUGGACUGACAAAGCACUGAACACAAAGCUAUUGAGAAAGGGUAUUUUAACUCGCAUAUAUGCUCCCAUGGCCAUCGUUCAAGGGUUGAGAGAGUCUGGUGUUUUUAACUCUGUUAUUACGUCUGCCCCAACAACUCUAUCAAAGGACAAAUUCUUAGCAUCGGUUGAGAGUAGUAACUCAUCUAGAGCAGUUGCCUCUGAAUCACAUCCGUCAAGAAAGAUUGGUAGAAUUAGCGAGUCUCAGGCAACUGCUAGGAAAGUUUUGGAAAUUGCCACUGUUGCAUCUCAUGAAGCAGCAGUGCCACCAUCGUCUCCCCCAGGCAUGGAUCAUGACCUCCUUAUUGAAGUAUGAUAGCUCUCUAUUCAUGAUUGCUGCUGUUCUCUUUAUUCAUUCGGGGUUUGGAAGAGAACGUGUAAUUUUCUUAUUUGCUUCAAGAAGAAUCCAAGGAGAGUCGAAAGCAACGUGAUAUGUGGCUGAGGCUCAUUUUUUUCAAUUCAUGGGUUCUUCCCGAUCAUUACCCAAGCGCAGGUGUACAUGAAACGUGGAGCGGGGUUUUCCAAUUUAGCUUUUUUUUUUUAGGCGACAUGGUGUUGGAAUGGGUUACAUUGGCUUCUGAUUGUAAUGUAUAGAAAGCAGAUGGUGGUGACAUUGGUGCUAUACUUUUUUUUCAUUAUAUAUGAUAAACACUGUGUUGUAGAGUACUAACAGAGUCCAGAAAGUUGUCAGCUUCAUCAACUUAUUAAAGUCAUUCCUUAUUGAGUUUGGAAUCUCAAUUGAGGGGUGAGAAAAUUGUGGGCAGGCAAUUGAUUGAUUUAUGAAGAAUCAGUUUCCUUUGA